AUGUGCUCUGUCCAAUGUGGGCAGUGUAUCAGUGAUAAACCAUGUAACCACAUGAAUGGUUUUUGUCCUGGAGAGUGUUCUCCUGGAUGGAUAGGUGAUAAAUGUGAUCAAGAAUGUGAACCUGGACAUUUCGGACUGAUGUGUAAGGAUUACUGUAGUCCACAUUGUUUGGAUCCCAUGUCGUGUGAUCACGUGAACGGAUCAUGUGAUGGAGGAUGCAAGGACGGCUGGAUUGUAGCAAGAUGCCAGGAUCUAUGUGCCUCGACCUUCUAUGGAGUUAUCUGUAAUCAGUCUUGUAGCAACGACUGCAGAGAUAAUAUAUGUAAUCCAGAGACGGGGUAUUGUAAUAGAUGUAAUGAAGGCAGAUCUGGAGAUUUUUGUCAGAAUGAAAUUCCCAUGUCAGAAACAUCCAUUUCGAACAGCACGUUCCUUCUAACAGUCUCAUUACUCUCUGUUGUUAUAAUCUUGUUGGUUACAACGCUCUUUUUCUGUUUCUUGCGAAGAAAUUGUCGACCGUCUCAUUCUAGCAAUUUAGAUCCAGCGUACGAGACUACUAUGGCUAGGAAAGAAGACAAAUCCGAGUAUGUUCAUAUCCACGAUCCAGUGUCUAGUAAAAAUACAGCAAUAGACGCGUCUCACUAUAUGGAAAUAACUAAUAAUGAUGUCAAAUCUAUAACUGAGUACAUUAAUCUUGGUUGA